UUACAGCAAAUAAAAUCAGUUACAAAUUGCUAGUCUGGCGGGCAACAACGUUGUGUUAAAAUAUAUAUUUUAAAUAAAUUAUAAUUGAUGAAAAUAAAAGUACAAAGAAUUUUUUAGAAAAGUAAAACAUUUGCUGUGAAAGUGAUCUUGAAUUAAAUAAAAGUGAUCUACAAUCAAGAAUACUUUAUGCAAACAUUCUGUUGAGAGCGGGGAAAUUUUUCUUGACAUAUGAAUUAAUUUUAUCGCAAAAAUACCAUAAACAAAACGUGCUUUAUCUAAAUAAAUAGAUAUACUAUAUAUACAUAACGUAUUUUUGCUAAAAAAAGAAAAAUAAAUAAAUUUAUCACAAUGAAUUCUACAAUUGGAUUAAGUCUUGGACGUACAGCUACAAAUGGUUGUGCGACAGCAGCCAUGAAUGGAGCCGCCACUUGUCAUGCAGUAGCAGCUGCUACACUUAACGGCAGUAAUCUUCAUACUAUGGAGACAAAAUGCAAAAAUCCCGAGCUGGCAGCCAAGAUUAUCAAACAAUCGCAUAUUGUGUGUUUUGAUGUUGAUUCCACAGUGAUCCAAGAAGAAGGUAUCGAUGAAUUGGCCGAUUAUUGUGGCAAAGGAUCAGAGGUGGCUCGCGUUACCAAAGAGGCUAUGGGUGGUUCUAUGACUUUUCAAGAUGCCCUUAAAAUCCGUCUAGACAUCAUUAGACCUAGCCAACAGCAAAUUAAGGAUUUUGUCAAACUACGCCCUAGCACCUUGACACGUAAUGUUAAGCGUUUCGUAGAACAACUUAAAGCUGAAGGAAAACAGGUUUAUCUUAUUUCUGGUGGUUUCGAUUGUCUCAUAGAACCGGUUGCCAACGAGUUGGGUAUCCCACUUUCACAUUUAUAUGCCAAUAAAUUAUUCUUCGACUACAAUGGCGAGUAUGCUGCUUUUGAUAUAGAUCAACCUACUUCCAAAUCGGGUGGCAAAGCAGUUGCCAUUGCCCAUAUACGUCAACAAUACGAAGCUGAUACAGUGAUAACAAUGGUUGGUGAUGGUGCCACCGAUCUUGAAGCUGUUCCACCUGCCAAUUACUUUGUUUGUUUUGGCGGCAAUGUAUUGCGCCCUGAAGUACAAAAGCGUGCUCAGUAUUAUGUAACGGAUUUUGAUCAAUUAAUGCAUUGAUUCGAAGAAAUAACAAAGAGCAAUUAAGUAAAUUAUAUAAGAAAAGAAGUAUUUCAUUUAAUA